AUGAAAAACAAGCAUUAGGAUUAACAAUUAAAAUAAUCUAUAAUUCACAAAAAAAUCAACAAGAAUGUUGGAAAACCUAUUGGAUUGUUGAGAAUUAAUUUAGAUCCUCCAGAUAUUUGGUCUAUUAAAAAAGAAGAAGUUCAAUUAAUUUCCUUUUUGGUCAAAUAUGGAAGACAUGUUUGUUUACACCAAGCAGUUUUAAAUAAGGAUUUAAAUAAGAAUUAAGUAAAUUCAAUUGAAAAAGAGUAAAAAAUUCAAAACUUAUUGGAUUAAAAAGAAUUAUUUGAUAAAAUAGAAAUUGCAGCUAAAUAUUUAUUUGAAUGGAAUUGUUCUAAAAGGAAUGUUGUAUAUUUUUUUAGGAAUAAUACUCACCUCAAAUUAGAUUAUAAAAAAUUAACUCUCAAAAAUCAAUAAUGGACUGCUAUGUUAAAGAAUAUUAAAUUUUUAUUCAAUUAAAACUUUUAUGAAGAAUUGCACAUUAUAAUGGAAUAAUUUGAAAAUAAUAUUUCAAAUUAAGAAAUUGGGGAUUAUUUGAUUUCUAAGUCUAUAACUGGAUAAUUAUCUGAAGUUCCAUAAUUGGUUUAAAACUUCUUUAUUUUAUUGAUUAAGAAAAAUAUAGUAUCAAUUCAAUUUUUUUAAGUAACUGUGAAUUUUUUAGAAUAACUGAAAAAAUUAUUCUUAUUUUCGAUAUAAAAAUACAGAUUUAUGCUUUAUUAAAUGAUUGAAAGUAUUAGAAAUAUCAUGUAAAUUAAUAUAUAAUCUGAAUAAUAUUCUGCUGAAACUAGCUCAGCAGAUUAGGAUUGUGAUCCUGAAAUAUUUUUUAAUUCAACAUCCUAUUGA